AUGGCUUCGCAAGAGAAGUGCGUCAUCAAGAUUUUGAAGCCAGUGAAGAAGAAGAAGAUCAAGCGCGAGAUUAGGAUUCUUCAGAACCUCUACGGUGGUCCCAACAUCGUGAAGCUUUUGGACGUGGUGCGUGAUCCCCAGUCCAAGACACCGAGCCUGAUCUUCGAGUACAUCAACAACACCGACUUCAAGCAACUCUACCCAACCCUCACCGACCACGACAUUCGGUACUACAUCUUUGAGAUUCUUAAGGCACUGGACUACUGCCACUCUCAGGGGAUCAUGCAUCGGGAUGUGAAGCCGCACAAUGUCAUGAUCGACCACGAGAAUCGGAAGUUGCGACUCAUCGACUGGGGCCUAGCUGAGUUUUAUCACCCUGGUCGGGAAUACAACGUUCGGGUGGCCUCCCGCUACUACAAAGGUCCGGAGCUUCUCGUAGAUUUGCAGCUCUACGACUACUCCUUGGACAUUUGGAGCUUGGGCUGUAUGCUUGCCGGAAUGGUUUUUCGAAAAGAGCCCUUCUUCCACGGCCAAGACAACUAUGAUCAAUUGGUCAAGAUAGCUCGCGUGCUGGGCACAGAUGGUUUGUUUGCCUACUUGGACAAGUACAACCAAGAAUUGGAUCCGCACUUUGACCAUGUCCUUGGAAGGCACUCCAGAAAGGCCUGGUCGAAAUUUGUGACUUCCGAGAAUCAGCACUUGGUGAGUUUGGAUGUGCUGGACCUCAUAGACAGAAUGCUGGUCUAUGACCAUGCUCAGCGAAUUUUGCCAAAAGAGGCUAUGCAACAUCCCUACUUUGCCCAGAUUCGGGUGCGCACCCAUUCCGCCGAUGUGGUGUGGCCGGUGUGGAGACAUGGGGAGACCGGGUAG